AUGCCACCGUUUUGCUCAUAUCCAAAAUCCCGUGUAACCGAAGGUAUUCCAUUUUCUAGAAUUGGAAUAGAUUACAUGGGUCCUUUAUAUUCAAAAACAAAUAAAGACAGUGAAAAGAAAGUUUGGAUUUGCCUGUUCACAUGCCUUAUGACGAGAGCAAUUCAUCUAGAAAUUGUAUGUGACAUGACAACAGCUGAAUUUCUCAUGUGUUUCAGAAGAUUUGUAGCACAAAGAGGUUUUCCUACCCUUAUUAUCAGUGACAAUGCCUUACAAUUUCGUACGGCAGAUAAAAUUCUUGAUCAUCUUUGGAAUAAAAUUCCUAAAAAUGCUGAAAUAAUGAGUUAUGUUUCAAAUGCUGGUAUAAAAUGGAUGUUUAACGUAGAGUUGUCUCCCUGGAUGGGAGGCUUUUACGAAAGGCUAGUUGCUUUAGUAAAAAGGUCAUUAAAGAAAGCUAUUGGUAGAAAAAUGUUAUCAAUAGUGCAGUUACAAACUCUUAUUAAAGAGAUAAAAGCAGUCAUAAAUUCAAGACCUUUAGUUUAUGUUGGAGAUGACCUGCAUUCUAAUAUCCCUAUCACUCCUGCUCAUUUUCUGUCAAAUAAUCCGAAAAUUGGGAUUCCUGAAUUAGAAAUCGACAGUGAUGACGAUUAUAUUCCAAUUGAAAGCACAAAAGAUAAUUUACUUAAACUCCUGAAAAAAGGGCAAAGGUUAUUGGAUAUAUUUUGGAAAACUUGGAAAGACGAAUAUUUACUAAGUCUCCGAGAAAGAUACCAAAACACGUUUAAAAAUCACCCGGGUCAAAUGCAGUUUAAACCUAAAAUUGGAGAUAUAGUGUUAGUUAAAGAUGAUACUUCAAGAGGAAAUUGGAAGUUUGGAAAAAUUACAAAAUUGAUUAAAAGUAGAGAUGAUGAAUGUCGUUCAGCUAAAGUUUUAAUUUCAUCUGGAAAUGAACUAGGACGGCCGUUAAAUUUGCUUUACCCAUUAGAAGUUUCGGGAGAAGAACAACAAUCAGAGUUAAAAGAUGAAACUUCUGAACGUUGUAAAAAUACAAUUGUUUCUCGUUGUCAAAGACAAGCAGCGAUAAAAGCAAAAUGUAAAAUCAAACAGUUGUUGAGUGAUAACAAUAAAUGA